AUGAGCCCUUGCGCCAUCGCCGCUCUCCACUGCGUGGUUGUGGAUGAUCCAUCGUGCUCGGCGGCGAGGCUGGGGAGCGGCGGCAGCGCUGGCGCCUGCUGCAGUGUGAGAAGCGCGGCCCCUUCGAGCCGGGCAGCAAGAUCUUUCGGGAAGGUAGGGUGUAGUGGCAGCAACGCCGACAGCGUUGGUGGGAUCUGUCACCCGCUCGCGAUUGGGAUUUCGCGGUCGGAAGAGAAAUGGAGGAAGCGAAAUCUAGCGAUUCGCGCUGCCGAGCAGCAGGGCGGUGGUAGCGGCGGUGGUAGCGGUGGUGUGGUUCGAAAGAAGAGGCCGCCUCGGCCGACUUAUCCGGAUUCUCGAUACCACAUUGUCUUGCAGGGAUUCAACUGGGAAUCUCAAGCAAAGAAGCCUUGGUAUGACACUCUCAAGAGCAGGGCUGCGGAGAUCCAAGCUGCCGGCUUCACAGAUGUGUGGUUUCCACCACCUUCACAGUCGGUUGAUAAGCAUGGAUAUUUGCCGACUCAGCUCUACGAUCUUAACUCGUCGAGCUACGGGAAUGAGGCCCAGCUGAGGGAAUGCAUCGACGUCUUGCAUUCGCAUAACCUGUGCUGCAUCGCCGACAUCGUGAUCAACCAUCGAAGUGGCUGGAAGCAAGACUCAACUGGACACUGGAACCUUUACGAGGGUGGAACCAAGGACAAGAGGCUUGACUGGGGACCGUGGGCUUUGGUCAGCAACGACAUCUAUGACAGUGGUGGGAAGGGGUCCAAGGAUAGUGGUGAGAGCUAUGGAGCGGCUCCGGACCUGGACCAUUCCAACAAGCAAGUGCAAGACGAGCUCACAGACUGGAUGAACUGGAUGAAGGCAGAGAUUGGAUUCGAUGGUUGGCGCUUCGAUUUCGUCAAGGGCUACUCACCGGCCUACACCAAGAUUACGAAAACGGCAGGGCGGCUGCAAACCAAAGUAAGCGCGCAUUUGUUUCUCUUAGGAGAAUUGACUCUCUUGGUCGUCACAGAUACCCACAGGCAACAGCUUUGCGAUUGGAUUGAUGGGACUGGAGGACUUUCCUGUGUGUUCGACUUCACCACCAAAGGAGUUCUUCAAGAUGCCGUGAAGAACGAGUACUGGCGACUGCGGGACGGAGAGGGGAAGCCUCCCGGUCUUAUUGGGUGGUAUCCAACAAAAGCUGUAACGUUUGUCGACAAUCACGACACGGGAUCUACUCAGAGACACUGGAAUUUUCCCGAUGACAAAGUUCUCUUGGGCUACGUAUACAUCAUCACGCAUCCAGGCAUACCAUGCAUUUUCUGGGACCAUUUCUUCGACUGGGGGAUGAAGGACAAGAUCUCACAACUGAUGGAGCUGAGACGAAACAACGGCAUACACUCAGACAGCAAGAUCACGAUUCUUGCAGCGGACUUCGACAUGUACGUUGCCUGUGUCGACGAAAGGCUCAUCAUCAAGCUCGGAAACAGGUUUGACAUGGGCACGCUCGUCCCAAAUCCCACAGCGUGGAAGAUCAUCAUGACCGGACCAGAGUUCGCCAUCUGGGAGAACAUGAAAGAGCAUGCCAUCCUUCCACAGCCAAAGCUCACGUCCGAUAUUGUCAUCAACGCGGCUGGUGGCAGUGCGGCAGAUGCCACCAAGACAGACGUGGAGAUCAAAAUCACCACCGACAUGUCGUGUGGAACCGUGGGCCGGAUAAUGCAGGAGGUGCCCGGCCUCGUCUCAAACGCAAAGGACUUGAGCGACACCUUGAAGAGCUGCAAGCUCCCGCCUCCCAGCGGGAUUGACAACAGCAAGAACAAGGACACGGACAAGAGCAAGCCAGCAGCAGUGAAGCAAAAAGUGGAGAUCCAUGACGAAGACAAUGAGGUCGAUGAAGAUGAUGAGGACGACGAUGACGAUGAUGAAGACGAUGAUGAAGAUGAUGAAGAUGACGAUGACAAUGACGAUGACGACGAAGACGAGCGUGAGAAUGUUAAAAACAAGAAGAAAUGAAACUCACCAUUUCCCAUCA